AUGUGUACAAAUGCCGAUCACUCGUUAGCGGCCGAUAUCACAGAAGGUUCACCCGUCGUCCGAGUCGGACCUGACCAUGUUCACAUCAAAGACAUUGAUGCAUACGAAAAGUCUGUCCCCACAAAUGGUACUGUGCCUAGAUCUUUCCUGACCUUCACCAGAGUAUUUCGCAAUGGCACCAACUUCGAGAAGGACCAUGUGUUCUACACAUGUGCCGACAAUGAUGGCUCCAUCUUCUCUCUCAGUAAUCGGGAUGAGCACAGAGCGCGAAGAAAAGCCCUCAGUCCACGCUUUUCCAAAAAGGCAGCCGAGGCGGAUGCUCCUGCAAUUCUAAAUCAGAUUCGACUCUUGGAGGGAUUUAUAAUUCAACAUUCGAGCUUGGAAAAGAGCUGCAACGUCAGCGAUCUCUUCCGUGUAUUUGGAAUCAAUAUAGUGGCAAAGACUCUGCUAGGUGACUGCCAUGAUCUGGUUCAAUAUGAAGAGGCCAAGCCUGAGCUUCUUGAAACGGUAGACGGGCUCUCAGUCAUGCUUCCCAUAUUGAGAUUUUUCCCCUACAUGGGAACUAUAAGCAACAUUAUGCCAUCCUUUAUCGCAGAACAAUUAACCCCAGCCGGUGUGCUGAGCUUCAAGAAGACAUGCGAAGAUUACACACAAUCCAUGAUGGACAAACCCAUUCGCAGCGACGUUGAGUCCAGCCGCUCAUCAGUGAUGGAAAUCCUCAUGGCCCAUAGUCUAGAAACUACAGGAAAACUCCCGAAGCUGAAUUAUCUGACUGCAGAGGCUUUCACUUUCAUCGAUGCGGGUGUCGAUACCACAGGGCGAACGCUGGCGGCAGCAGUAUACUAUGUACUUCGAACCCCAAGCGUGGAGAAGAAGCUCCAAGAAGAGCUGGAUAGCUUGUCACUUUGGGGUUCUGAGAACACUGAAGACAUCGUGCGGAAUGUAGGAAAGUUACCUUACCUGAAUGCGGUCAUCAAAGAGGCGCAUCGUAUAUGGCCAUCUCUUCCUGGGCCAUUACCUCGCGUCGUUCCCUCGGAGGGGUUGCAAGUCGGGUCCUACUUCAUUCCACAGGGUACAAUUGUAUCCGCAACUCAUCAUUCUAUGCACUUUGAUGAGGACAUUUUCCCGGAACCGAAAACAUUUAAACCUGAGCGUUGGUUGCGCGAUGAUAGUACGGAGCUUAAUCGGUAUCUAACUCCCUACAGCCGUGGAAGUCGGGCUUGCAUCGGGAUUAAUUAA